AUCAAAAACCCACUUGUUGAGCAGCUCUUCCAUUAGAAGAAGACUGAUAAAAUUUCCAAUCUUUUGUUUUCAGAAAAUUUGCUUGCUGAUUUUGAAAGAAAUAGAAACACUGUUAAGUGAUUUGGUUGUCAAUUGUUGAAAGAAAUAAGUACUGUUAAGUCGAGUUGAUCAAUGGAGAGCCAUUUGCAAGAAAACUUUGAUGUUAGAUCAAAACAUUCGUCCGCCGAGGUGUCGGAGAGAUGGAGAAAUCUCUUUGUAGUUGUCAAAAGUCCCAAACGAAGGUUUCGAUUCACUGCCAACCUCUCCAAACGUCACGAGGCUGAUGCUAUGCGCAAAACCAAUCAGGAAAAGUUGAAGAUUGCUGUUCUGGUUUCCAAAGCUGCAAUUCAAUUUCAUAUUGCUACUUUCAAAGCUAAUGCUCUAUCCCUUUUUCCUGAGACUAAAAGCUCUACACCCCUUUUGUCUGGGACUGAGAUCAAUCAAGAAGCACAUCACAUAAGAAAUGACUCAAGCCAAAAGGAUAGUACAGAGGAGGAAAAUAUCGACAACAUCCAUCCUAGUCAUGGUUCGCCCAUAGAAUCCGAGUGCUUCAGCUGCACGGAUGUUGAUAAGAGAAAAGAUAUUAGGAAAAAGGAUAAUUUCGAAGCUAAUGCUCCAUCCCCUCUUCCUGAGACCAAAAGCUCUACACCCUUUUUACUUAAGACUGAGAUCAAUCAUGAAGCACAUCACAUAAGAAAUGACUCAAGCAAAAAGUAUAGUAUAAAGGAGGAAAAUAUCGACGACAUCCAUCCUAGUCAUGGUUCGCGCACAGAUUUCAAGUACUUCAGCCGCAGGGAUGUUGAUCUGAGAACAAAUAUUAGGAAAAAGGAUAAUUUCGAAGCUAAUGCUCCAUCCUCUGUUCCUGAGACUAAAAUCUCUGCACCCCUUUUGCCUGAGACUGAGAUCAAUCAUUUAUCACAUCACAAAAGAAAUGACUCUAGUCAAAAGGAUAAUUUCAAAGCUAAUGCUCCAUCCCCUUUUCCUGAGACUAAAAGCUCUACACCCCUUUUGCUUGAGACCGAGAUCAAUCAUGUAUCACAUCGCAUAAGAAAUGACUCAAGUGAACAGGAUAGUACAGAGGAGGAAAAUAUCGAUGACAACCAUCCUCCUCAUGGUUCGCCCACAGAUUCUGAGUACUUUAGCUGCACGGAUGUUGAUCAGAGGACAAAUAUUAGAUUAAAGAAAUUGGAAUUGUCCAUGGUUGUUGCCAAUUUAGUUUGUGAGGUUUCAACAGUCAUUUUCGAUCAGCUUUCGUCUCCACACAAGUCCCUUUUUGCUCUAAUUGCUACACUGACAUCUUUCUUCACCGUAGGAUUUUGCAUUAUUGAGAUUUGUUGCAAGUGUAGUCAGGGAAAGUAUGUCUGGAACAUGGAAGGCAAGUUUUAUUGGUUUUAUAAUGCAGGAGAUGGCAAGCCUUUUGGUUCAGUACUGGAUAUCAUUGGAAUUGUUUCUGGCACCCUUCAGUUUAUUUUAACAGCUGUUGCUUAUGGGAUAUAUUAUUCUCAACAUGUUAAUAGUCCUAUUAAACUGCACAUUUGCUCCAUCGUCUUUGCUUUUGUUCUGUUAUGCUCAAAAAUUAUUGUUGAGAAGCAGAAGACAUGGCAGCAUUUUGAGAGCUCUGAAUGUUAGCACAUAGAUUAGAAAUUUUUGAAUUUGGACAGAUUGAUGGGAUGCAUUUCAAGUUCUAUUGGAAGAGAAAGCUGAAGGCAUUUCCCGAGUAUGUUUCAAAAAAUUCCUGUAUCCAAUCAGGUAUGCAGGAUGGAUUUGAUGUUGAAUGAUUGUUACUCUAAUUUCUUUCUUUCUUUUAUGAAACAUAUGUAGGACCUCCAUUUUAUAUUCAUUUGUAUGUAUAUCAAGCAACAUGAUCGAAUAAUGGGACUGGAUGGGUUUCGGCUGUUUUUGGGUGUGAUACCUGAUGAUAAGUAUUGGGUAGUUGGUUUUUAGAUAGCAAUGGAACAAUAUAUUCUAUCAGCUAAGAAAUUUCUGUCUUUGAAUU